UCUUCCGCGGGCUCGGUGGUUCGGCCCGUGCAGCCCGCACCCGUGCCCCUCGCCCGGCCUGAUGGCUCCGCGGCCGCUGAGCCCCUUGGUGCUGGCGCUGGGCGGCGCCGCGGCCGUGCUGGGCUCAGUACUCUUCAUCCUCUGGAAGGCCUACUUCGGGCGCGGACGGGAGCGGCGCUGGGACCGGGGCGAGGCCUGGUGGGGCGCGGAGCCUGCCUGCCUCCCUGAGUGGGACGAAUGGGACCCUGAAGACGAGGACGACGAAGAGCCAGCGCUGGAGGAGUUGGAGCAGCGCGAGGUGCUGGUGCUGGGGCUGGAUGGCUCGGGGAAGAGCACGUUCCUGCGCGUGCUGUCCGGGAAGCCUCCGCUGGAAGGCCACAUCCCCACCUGGGGCUUCAACUCUGUGCGGCUGCCCACCAAGGACUUCGAGGUGGACCUGCUAGAGAUCGGUGGCAGCCAGAACCUACGCUUCUACUGGAAGGAGUUUGUGAAUGAAGUAGACGUGCUGGUGUUCAUGGUGGACUCGGCUGACCGGCUGCGGCUGCCCUGGGCCCGGCAGGAACUGCACAAGCUACUGGACAAGGACCCUGACCUGCCUGUCGUUGUGGUGGCCAACAAGCAGGACCUGAAUGAGUCCAUGAGUAUGGUGGAGCUGCAGGAGGAGCUGGGCCUGCAGGCUGUCGAUAGCCAGCGGGAGGUUUUCCUCUUGGCAGCCAGCAUCGCCCCUGCAGGACCCGGCUUUGAAGACCCCGGCACCGUGCAUAUCUGGAGACUGCUCUUGGAGCUUCUCUCCUAGGCCGCCCCCGCCCCCUCACUCGCCAGCCAACCCUGGAGACCCCAGUCCUGCCGCUCCUGCUUCCCGCUGCCAGCGUGGGCCCGAGGCAGAAGCCAUGUGGCAGCAUGUCCUUUCUCUCCACCCGCCCUCCAGAGCGGGGCCUGGGCAAGGCCAGGAACCACACAGAAGCCUUCCUGGUGCGGUGGCCGUGAGGCCGAAGUGGGGAGUCAGGUGAGGCUCACUCCAGGCUGGAAGUGGAUCCAACUUCCACCACUGAAGGCACCCCUCCUUCUCUGAUGUGUGCAGUGAGGUGCUCAGCGGGCUCAGUUCUUCCCUCUGCCGGUCCUGGUGAUUGAGAACCAGGGUCGUGUCAGAAGUACUGCCGGAACUGGUCCCUCCUGGUGACCCCCCGCCCUUCUCAUGCAGUCCGGUUGUGGGCAGUACACAGUGAGCCUUGGCUCCAAGGCCCGAAGUGUCCUGCAGCCCCAGCUCUGGCCAGCUGGCUCGAGGCCCUGGGACCAUCACUUUAAAGGGGUGAUUUGCAUGUUUUUUUCUAAUUUGGAGAUAGAGUUUCCAGCCAUGAAGGUAAGAAGUGCUAGGACGAACCUGGAGAUCCUAGCAGGGAGUUUUCUGAAACCUCCCUGCUUCUGCAAGCCAAGGCCUGCCCGCCAGAUGAUGACAUCAAGCGGUAUUCACCCCUCGCCAGAAAAACGAAAGGCUUUUCUCCCCCACACGUGGAGACAGAAGCUGCUGCUCUUGCAUUAACUGUGCCAAUGCCCAUGUUUACAGAAGUCUGGGGAAGGAGCCUGUGUCCCUGGGGAGAAGACUGUCAACUGGAGCUGGGUGUUGGCCUCAGAACUGCGUUUUAUUUAUUUAUUUAUUUAUACAAGGAACAGACCAAAGUUUCAGGUUCUGUGUCUAGGUGCUGUUAUCAAAACCCCAGAUGACUGUCAUGGAAAAUCUGUGUCUUUGACGAAAAUAGCUGGGAUUGUGAGAUGUGUGAUAACCUGCACACGUCAGUGGAGACAAAGCUCUAGCUCUCCCCCAUCAUUUACAGCUAUAAUCGGUAUCCUACUCUACGUUGAUCCACAUUAAACUUAAACUCCACCACUUGGCCCAGUAUGUCAAAAGGACACAACCCCCUUCCGUGUAGAUGGUGACUCUAGGAGGGGAAAUGUCAAUCAUGUAAAUCCAGGUAAAAAGAAAUGGGAAUUAGCUGAUCAGUCAACAGGGUACCUGGAGGCUUUGUGUACCGUAGCCUUUCUGGACCUGCUGAUUCCCCAACUAAAAGUUGGACAGAAUUUCUGUUCUCUCCAGUGCACACUCCAUGAUUCUCCUGUUUCUGGUGAUCAGCCAGUUUAUCUAUAUAUUGACACUUUUUAGUGCAAAGGAAGGAGCCUUUUGUCGGCCAGGGGCCGUUGAGUAAUCAGUAGCCACAGAGGGACUUUUUUUGAGGAGAUACUCAACUCAGUUUGCUUUUUAAUUGAGAAUAGAGAUGACGUGCCUUCAUUUCACUUGACAUUGACUCAGUGUGCCUCAGUUCCAUGCUGUGGCCUACAUGAGAAGAGGCACAGGGAGGGAAAGUGGGGUGGGACGCUUCUAAGUCCAGAAGUGUGACUGUAGUUAGUGGCCUGCUGUGCUCUUGGGCUGUGGGUGUAUCAACAGAAUCACUGUUCUUUGAAAUUCUAAUUACCUUCCUGCCGAAGAAAGAUUUGUCUGCUUUUAUUUUAAAUAUUUAAGGAAUGACUUGGCUUUUAGAGUAGCCUUUGAAAUUUUGCAGACAGCUUUUCAUUUUGAUAUUGAAAGAUUGUUCUGUAAACCCCACCUUGUUCUCUAGUGCUUGACAUUUACCUCUGGAACCAGCAUUGUUGUAGGGUACCCUUUUCUAAUUAAGAUCUGCCUUUGGUCUAAUGAGUAUCAUUAUGUAAUACAAUUUUCAAAGUCCCCAGUGAGGGGAGUGAACUUGAA